CCCCCUUGGCUCGUCGCCCCGGCGCGGAGAGUCGCGCUGUGCCGCGGCUCCGGCCUCUGCGCUCCUCGCUUUAUUUUUAUUUUUAUUGUUUGUAUUUAUACUACUGCUUAGCAAAUUGCGCGUGAUGACCUCAUGAUGCCGCGCCCCCCCGCCCCAGGCCCGGGCAGGCAGGGGGACGUGAGGCGAGCGGGCGCGGCAAGCCGCGGGGGUUCCGCGCAGCGUUAGCGCUCCUGCGGAGCUGGGAGGAGGGGGCGCUCUCCCGGGCCAACGCAGUUCACUGCACUCGGGUUGUGUUUUUUUUACCUCUUUUGAAAAAUUUUGGGGUUUUUUUGCCCACCCCCUCGCUGUGCGCCGGGCUGUUUGCCGCUCCGUGCGCUGCUGGAUCCAUGACCUCCCCGGGGAGCGGCACUGCCGCCGCGCAGCGCCGCGCCGGGGCGGGGGGAGCGGUCGCCAGCUUCGGCCCCGCCGCCGCCGCCGCCGCCGCCGCCGCGGGGGGCGGCCCCGCCCGGGCACGGGGCGGGCGGGCGUGAGGCGGGAGGGUGAAGUUUCUCCGCGGCGCCGGGCCCCUCCGAGGGACAGCGGGGAGGGAAGGACCUGGCUCCGUGGUGCUGAGAUAGCUGCUGCUGCCGCCGCCGCCGCCGCCGUCACCAGAGCAGCCCGGCUUUGGCCAUGAAGAGGAAACAGAAGAGGUUUCUGCAAAUGACGCUGCUCUUCACCGCGGCGCUGAUCUUCCUGCCCGACAUCGGCCUUUGGUCUCUCUACAAGGAGAAGCACCUGGUGAAGCCGCCCGAUCCCGCCGAGCCGCAGACACUUCCACUGGGGCUGGGAGAUGGACAGCUCUUUACCUGGACUGAUGGCUUGAAAAGGAAGGACUGGCAUGAUUAUGAAAGCAUUCAAAAAGAUGCUAUGCGUUCAGGGAAAGGUGAACAUGGAAAGCCGUACCCACUUACAGAGGAAGACCACGAUGAUUCUGCAUAUAGAGAAAAUGGUUUCAACAUAUUUGUUAGCAACAACAUAGCACUGGAACGAUCCCUGCCAGACAUCCGACAUCCUAACUGUAAGCACAAGGUGUACUUGGAAAAGCUACCAAAUACUAGCAUAAUUAUCCCAUUUCAUAAUGAAGGCUGGACUUCACUCCUGCGAACAAUACACAGUAUUAUCAACCGCACUCCAGACAGCCUAAUAGCAGAAAUCAUUCUUGUGGAUGACUUCAGUGACAGAGAACAUUUAAAAGAGAAGCUGGAGGAAUACAUGGUCCGUUUUGCCAAAGUGAGGAUUGUACGUACCAAGAAACGAGAAGGGCUCAUUCGGACCAGGCUGCUAGGAGCCUCGCUGGCUAGAGGAGAAGUCUUGACAUUUCUGGAUUCCCAUUGCGAAGUCAACGUGAAUUGGCUGCCUCCCUUGCUUAAUCAGAUUGCACUAAACCACAAAACCAUCGUGUGUCCUAUGAUCGAUGUCAUUGACCACAAUCACUUUGGCUACGAGGCACAGGCGGGGGAUGCCAUGCGAGGAGCUUUUGACUGGGAAAUGUACUACAAAAGAAUACCGAUUCCUCCAGAGCUCCAGAGAGCUGAUCCCAGCGACCCCUUUGAGUCUCCUGUAAUGGCUGGAGGUCUAUUCGCCGUUAACCGGAAGUGGUUUUGGGAGCUGGGAGGCUAUGAUCCAGGAUUAGAAAUAUGGGGAGGAGAGCAGUAUGAAAUCUCUUUUAAGGUGUGGAUGUGUGGAGGUGGCAUGUUUGAUGUUCCAUGCUCUCGAGUUGGGCAUAUCUACAGGAAGUAUGUCCCGUAUAAAGUCCCUUCUGGAACCAGCCUAGCACGGAACCUGAAGCGUGUGGCAGAGACAUGGAUGGAUGAGUUCGCAGAAUACAUUUACCAGCGACGGCCUGAGUAUAGACAUCUCUCAACUGGUGACAUCUCUGCCCAGAAGGAACUUCGCAAGCACCUUAAAUGUAAAGAUUUCAAGUGGUUCAUGGCUGCAGUGGCUUGGGAUGUCCCCAAAUAUUACCCUCCUGUGGAGCCUCCACCUGCUGCCUGGGGAGAGAUUCGAAAUGUGGCAGCCAACCUCUGUGUGGACAGUAAACACGGAGCCACAGGGACUGAGCUGAGGCUGGACAUCUGUGUGAAGGAUGGCUCAGAACGGACAUGGUCACACGAACAGCUUUUCACUUUUGGCUGGAGAGAAGACAUCCGCCCUGGGGAGCCCCUUCACACCAGGAAGUUCUGCUUCGACGCCAUUUCGCGCAGUAGCCCUGUCACACUGUAUGACUGUCACGGAAUGAAGGGAAACCAGCACUGGAGCUAUAAGAAGGACAAAACUUUGUUCCAUCUGGUAAGCAGCAGCUGCAUAGAUUGCAACCCAGCCGAGAAGAAGAUUUUCAUGAACAGAUGUGAUCCUUUAUCUGAAACUCAACAGUGGAUUUUUGAACAUAUUAAUAAGACUGUUUUAGAAAAAUUUAACAGCAAGGCCAGUUCCUAGGGAAAAAAAGAAAAAAAAAAGAAAAGAGAAAAUUAAAAAAAAAAGGAAACGAUGAACACACCUAAUUCCAUACAGACUGCAGACUACACUUUCGCCAGCAUCUGGGUCAAAGGAGUCAGGAAUUAAAUUUCCUAGACCCAGGAAAUCUGUUCUGAGGAUUAAGAAAAUGCCACAGCAAGAGCCAGUAGGCUGUCCUUGUGGAUGUACAGUAUCUGGAGAACUUGGCCAAGAGCCUCACCAGAUGCUGCUGAGAACUUCAGGCUGAAAAUUCCCUUGCUGGUCGAGGGAAAAACUUUGUUUAAAAACUAUUUAAAAGUACUCCAAGUUAAUAAAGUAAAACAAAACUUCAGUUUCUCAGGUCAAAUCCUGCUGUAGUGAGUAGCUCAGAACAGAUGCUAUAAUUUGGGAUGAGUAUAUCGUGUGCAUGAUGGCUAGUGGAACCUGUAGAAAUACCAGGUUUUAGAAUUAAACGUGCUGGUAGAAGAAUAAUGAUGUCCCAGCAGUCCCUAGACAAGAUAUAUGCUCUGUUGACAUUCUCUUAAUAAAAGGUUGGGUUAAGCAGGUUUAACCUUCAGAACUGCUGCAAUUAAUUUUAAAUACCUCCCUUUCACAUUCCAUUCAUUACCAAAAUAGGAACGUUAGAAAUCUUAGGGUCUAGGAUUACAUUGUAGUGAAGCAUGAAAUAAACUCUAAGGUUUUGCCCUCACAUUUCCCCCCUUCAGGAAAAAAGGUAAAGCAAUCAAAUUUCUAUACAUGGUAUAUUUAGCAAUUGAGUUUCAAAUCCCAUUGUCAUACAAGGUGACUUUUUUUUUAGUGACAAAUAUAACAGCAGCAGCUGCAGCAUAAUGGAAGGCUUGUGGACUAGCUAUCUUUUCUAAAGGUGGAAUCUUUACCAAACUAUAAAUUAAAUUGAAAAUAGGCUGGGGGUGGGGGGGAAAAUUGGGAAGGUAGGAAAUAAUUGCAUGCUGAACUAGGUUAGUCAAAUUAACAUUGGUACACUGCCAUCACCUAAAAAGUGUGUUGACUCCCUGCGGUGCAGCUUAAAAGAUCUUGCAGAGAUGUUGUAGUGCUCUUGACAGAUGGGAGUGGAGAGAAAAGUUGACAUGGAACUAGUUGGGUGGUUUCAGAGUUUUUGAAAACUCACAUGAACUUCCCGGAGUUAGCAAACGAAUGCUAUUAUAGGUCUCCUGAUGGAAGAAACAAGAAGUGCAAACAAGUCAAAUGUUACAGUAUUUUGGUACUUCAGGCACAGGCACAAGUCAAGGUAAGACAGAAUUCUGUCACACUGAUGAUCAUUAUAGCCUGUGAUGUCCCUCAGGCCCACCAAGCUGUUGGCAUGAGAGGCCUCUAAAACUUGUUUGGAGGUCUAUGGUUCUUCUCAGUAGAAAUCACUUAAUACUGAUAUGUGGGUACUGAUUGGUAGGUUUGGGAUUUUUCAAGGUAAGAGCAAGUAUAAAUUUAUAUCAAGUAUGUGGCUGGUUUUUACUUGAAAUAUGAAUUUACAGAUGAAAGCACCAUAAUUGCAGAUAGAUCACAUCCUCUGUGCUGUAACAGUGCUUUCAAGUUCCAAAAAUAUCAUAUGUUAUCAAGUUCCUUGUUCUGAUUGCUGGAGAGGUGGCUGACUAACCAGAAUACUGAUGUGCAGUCUACCCUCACUUGAGGGAUUAAGGUGACUGUGUUUUUGUUUAUUGCUCCUUAAACUGUGUUCAUGCACAAAAAGAGCAUUGAUUGCAUCCAGAGGAUGGUUCUAGUACCAACAACUAUGUACUAUUUUAUGGCAGCAGCUUGUAGUUGUAGAUUAAGACCCAAACUUGUAGGUCAUAGGAACUUCUUAGGAAGGGAAUGAGAUCCAGUAGCAUUCAGGGUGCAUGCACUUGGACAGUUGUGAAAUGUAUCCAUACACUGAGCAAUUGCUGCAAGUUAGUGAAGAGGUCUUUCAAAUAAUCUGAAAGAAAUAUGUCUAUAGAGAUAGACUUCUCAUUUUAUGAUUUUAAAAUACACGAGCUUGUUUAGGUAUUGUUUAAAUUUAAUUUGAAGAUACAGUGCACUCAGGAAUGGAAGCAGUAAGGCUAAUCUAUGAGGAUACUUCAGGUUUUUUGGCUAUCAGUACACAGAACCAGACUAGCCACUGCAGACUGUCAGCUUUCCCUGGUACAGCAUUUGCAGCAUCAUUUAUUUGCUGCCUGAACAUGAGGAAAGAGGAUUUGGAAAAAGAAGAAAAUGGCUGCCUACAAUGUAAAUGCAGCCCUCAAACUACUGAUUGUAACUGCCCCGAACUGUCAAAGUCCUGGAAGCAACACCGUAUGCCCAAAAUAGAGAGGCAAAGGAGAGUUGCUAAACCAGCUAAGCAGUUUACCAGCACAGGUUGGUAGGGUUGUAUCAUUCAGUGUCUGACUGCAUUUCAGUGGUCUGAGUUUGAAACAUCUAAUGGGAACUAGGCUGUUGUUGGAACAAAGAAAUCCUAUAUCUUUUACAACCCUUAAUGAGUAAUAUUACACAGCACCUUCUACUGCCAAAAGAAACCUUCCCCUUACUCAAAGCUGGACACUAAUUGUAAGCUCUAGCAGUCCUUGUCAGAAAACAAUCCACAUAAUUUAUAUUCAGAUGUUUGGGAGGAAGGGAGGAAAUAUGAUCUACAUAUGUGUGUUUUCGAGUUUUAUGUAAGCAAAAACGUAUAAAAAUAUAAGAAAAAUAUAUUGGAGUUUGUUGUGGGUCAACAGUGAGCAACUGUUGAUCGGUCUGCAAAUAUAAAGGUUAAAUGAAAGUCUAUAUCUUGAGGAAAGUUGAAUGAGAACUUGCCGCAGUGAGUGAGGCAUAGAAACACACACACACAUAUAUGUGUGUGUGUAUAUAUAUAUGUAUAUGUAUAUAUGACCAGUGGAAAGAGGUAGGUGGAGGAAAGAAGCUUGUUUUCACUUCAUGGGCUGAUGUUUCAAAUGUUUAGUAUAACCAGAACUGUGCACAAAAAAAAAAAUUACAGGACACAUUAGACUUCUAGUGAAGACAGUUAUCUCACUGUUUUCAGCUUAAGCACAUUACUCUUUUUUAAAACUGAGACAAAAAAAGCUAGCAUGCAGCUUCACCAGAGACAGCUGUAAUCCUCCUACUAUGGGUAGAAGGUAGCCCUAGGGAUAGAGUGCUUCAUAGUUGUUCUCCUAUAACAUUUGGGAUGAUGGAUUCACAAAAUGGUUACGACUUCCUAAGCACAGGACUCCUUCAGCAGGAAGUUUUAUUAAUAAUAAAUGAUCAUUUAAAAUUAAAUCUCAAUUAAAUUCUGUCUUGGGUGUUCUCCAAAGCUUUCCACUGAUAACAGUACUUCAUGACUAAUUUAACAUUCAGAAUUUCUUUAAGUCUUCCUACAAGCAUAUCUUUUCUACCCAGCAAAGAUCUGAACAACUUGAUAGGAUGGAGAGAUAUAUCUUCCUCACAUAUUUCACCAGGAUCAUUUAGCUUUAAUAUGCAUCUCUUCAAAAGACUUUGAAGUUUCUUCACAGAACUUCUUCUUUUAAAUACCCAGAUAGUUCUGAACAUAUGUUGAAUCUAGUGCACAGGUAGCAUUAACUGAUGUGGGCUCAUAAUUUCUGUUGAGCUAUACUGAUCUGCCCCAACUGAUGAUUCGCUUCGUUUUUUUCAGUUAAUUAUUUUAUGGUGAGAAGGCUUUAAUCAACAUGCCUGAAGAUCUUUGUAUCUUAAUAGUUCAUCAUUACCUACCCUAAUCUUUUUCCGUUUCGAGAAAGAGAGAGGAGAUGACUUUCUGUGGCCAGCAAACUACUACUAGAGGAAAGAUCAACUGGAAAAGCUGGAAUAAGCACUUAAGUGCAACUAAAACUCUAAAAUCACUGCAUAUAUGCCAAAAUCUAAACUAAAGAGAAGCCCUGGGGGAGAGGGCUUAAAGGAGAGCUGAGGAGGAAGACAAAGCAUUUCACCUCUUGGAGAGCAGCCUUGUUGCAGAGGCACAAUCAGACUUCACUUCUCAUUGGGCACAGUCUUAUUUCAGAAAAAUUAAAUUGCUUUAGAAUAACUGUUUCUUCAACAGUAUGGACGUGUUAAUGAUAUAAUGCAUGCUUCCUGAGUGGUAUCAGUUUAUGAACAAAUGGUCUGUAGCUGCUGAACUAGGUCUUCAUGAUAAAGAUAGACUAAGCUUGAAAGAAAGCUGACAAGCACGUAACAGCUUUUGAUUACUGGCAAUUUACCAGGCAUCAAUGUCUUCAUGACCUCAGUGAAACAGGAUGCCACAGAAGAUCGUAGAAGAAACGUAUAUAAAUAGCUCAACCAAAUUGAUUUGGUGGGUUGCAGCUCUGUAAGAGUGGCUGUCACCUUUGUUGUUUUGGUUUGGUUUUUCUUUUAAAAAAAGUCAUCAUACUCAGAAUUCAUUUGCAUUUUUACUGCUAACUUCUGCAAGGGACUGAGUGGGACCCUUUUAACCUCCCCAGACAGAUUAGUGAUGGAGCAUUUAGGAAGGCAGUACUGGGAGGCUUUCAAUGUGGCUGCCACUAGGGCUGUACCCAUUUUCUGUUUAAAGAGCAUCUUUAAUGCCCUUAGCCCAGUGCUUUUCUAGAGAACACAAGAUGUACCUUAAAAAAUAUAUGAUAGUCGAUUUGUUUUGUGGGUUUUUUAAUCUAUCAAGAUUAUUAAGGAAAUAAUUUCAAAACCGUUGAAAACAAAAAGCUGAUCAGAAGUAGCUUUUUCAUAGCUGGUAUUAGUAUUAUAAAGUUCAUUAAUUCAUUUGUUUAACCCCCUUCCAAAUCUGUUCCAUACAUCCCCUUAGAAAAAGCACAAGGGUCCAAGAGUGCUUUUAUAUAACAUUCUGAGGAUCUUUCCUGUCUGAAAGUUUUGAAAGAACUUUCAAAAAUUAGCAAGCAUAAGCCAAAAGGUAACAAAAAGCCCACAAGAAAAAGUACCAGGCUAUUAUGUCUUGUGUACCAAGAGAUUUUGCUAAAUUUCUUAUUCUAAAAUAGUACCCAUUGACUGGAAAAAUUUAGAUGAAUAAAUAAUAUAGUUUAGUAAAUCUUUAGUGGAUAGUGCUAUUAAAGACUUCCAAAAAAAAAAAAAAAUCAAAUUUUAGUGAAUCCAUUAUAGUUAGUUGUUGGCAAGGGGUUUUUUAACCACAUGUUGUAGAUAAAUCUGUCCUGAGGUCUCUUGUAAUCUCAUACUUCCUUCUUAUGCUUCUGAAUGCACUGGAGAAAUACUAAACAGUGAGGGGGAAAAAAUCUCUAAAACUAUUUAAAAAAAAAAAUAAGCAAACAAUAAGAAAUGCAUCUUUAGCUAGAGAUGAACAGAAAAAUGCAUCACAUUUCCAAAGCUUCAGCAGCAUUCAGAAGGUGUGUUUGCUCUGUGCAGCUUUCUAUUCUAUCAGUGUAUCGUUAGUAUCAGUGGUAUUACUCCUGAGCCAGGACUUCUGAAAAUCAUGUGCUGUCAUUUGGCACAGUAGGUGGACAGCACGGUGCCAGAGGAAAAAAAGGGAAAAAAAUCUACUUUCUAGGAACAGUUCCUGAAAAAAUUGCAUUCAAACAUUGAAGUCUGGUGAUGCCUUUAGAGUUUUAGCUGUUCAUAAGGUUUCCAUUAUCUUAGUAUUUUUGUCUUUCUUACAGGCCCUGGCGGUGUGGUAGGUGCUUCAGUGGCCCUUACGAAAACAGUGCAGGCAACAGGGGAACAAACAGGACAUGGGUUAAAAUAGUAAGAAUUUAUGGUUACCAAAAGGUGUCAUGUCCACAGCACUGACAAGCAGGUUAAUUAUACAGAAAGAGAAGUUUGUUUCUUUUGUGAGACCACUGUGGUAGAUGUCCAGCUUUACAGAACAUAUGAAUGAGAAGGUGCCUUGCAAAGCAGGCAAGCAAGCAAGCUUGUACUCGUCAGAAGAUGUAGAAAAAGUCACAAGGAUCCAUUUUAAAGAAGUAGAUGAAUAGGGUAUUUAGAUGGAUACCAUGGACAAUGUAAGGAAUGUGAGGGGAGCUGCAAUGAAGCAAGUCUGGUGAGCAGUGCUAUUUAAAAGACAUUAAGGCAUAGGAAAGGAAAACUUGGUUCUCAUUAACCUUAGCCCUCAUUAACCUUGGCAGUAUCCCUAAUGCUUUGUCAAAGUAUUAGUUGAUUUAAUUAAGUUAAUCCUUCACCUCCCCCAGUAAAUGCUUGGGCUGGAAGGAAUCACAGCCCAAGCAAACUUCUGUUGAUCAACCCAGAGGAUCUAAUUGGUACAAAACACCGCUAGGCACAGUUUAGCCAAAAACCCCAGCUGGCACCAGAACUAAAACAAUAUUAUCAGCCUGAAAGAUUUGUAGGCCUCUGGCAUCCCUCUGUGAAAAAAAGUUUCAUUUGCCUAAAGGAGUGAUUGAUGGUAAUGAUCCUAGAUUAAGAAGAUCAGGAAUCAUGAGCUUUUGCAGAGGUGAAAGGCCAAAUGGUGAGAUUAGAAGUUGGCAGUUUAAUUGAGAAAGGAAGGAGGAAAUAGGUAGUAGAAGGGAAGAAGUAGGAAUCUGGUUUAAUUCUGGAGAUGAAGGAAGCAUGAGCUACAGAGGUCAGACACUGAUAAUUUUGGAUACCUCUUCUUAUCAUGUUUAUUUCCAUCACAAAUAUUCAGGAAUUGAGAGGCAAUCAGUCCUCCUACAAAGGACUUACUUAAUUUUAGAAUAAUGAGAACUGCAUAAUCUGAAAUGUGUUGAUCAUUAAAUAUAGGAGUGCAACUGGAGCAAAGCUUUGCUGGAUACCAGGCCAGCGCUGAGUUUUACACCAAAGGCAUGUAUGUGUGUUCCUGAGGCUAUUUUGUGGAUAGUGAAUAGAAGCAGAAUGUUACAGUCACUGGUUUACCUCAGAUUAAUAUUUCUCAGCAUCUCAGGCUUUUUUGAAAGAGGAGAAGUGUUUAGCUAAAUUUUCCAGGAAACACCAACCCAGAUCAGUACAAAGUAGCUCUGCCUACUGCUUAUGUGGAUCAAGACAACUUAUGUUUCUCUUCAGACACCACAUACAGCUCUUAAAAAAAGGAACACUGUGUCUCUGCCUUCAUGAAUCCUUGCAGCGUUCACCGUUUUUUAUCCAUUUCAGCUAUUUUCUUUAUUCUUUUUGCUGUUUGGUGUUCCUUCUGCUGGCUCCCCACCUGCAGGAUUCUGCCAGAAUGCUGGUCCUCUUUCUUCCCUCUUUUCUGUUUUGUGCCAAGAGGUGUUUCUGCUGUUGCAGAUCCCUUCCUCAAGAUAAGAGUGACUAAAGCUGCUUUGAUCUUGACUUGGCAGAGCCACAAGCUCUUCUGCCUCGGGGUGCUUUGCUUGCUUGUGCAGAGGUGGAGGGAGAAAGGAGAACCUGAGAAGGGAGAACUUCUGUCCUUAUGAGUCAGUCUCACUACAGAUUUUGUCUAUAAAAGAGUCAUCUUUGAGGGAGAAAAUUGCAUUGGUGAUCUACUUCCUCACCCAUCUUCAAAAUUCAGUGCUGCCCAGAGAGGGGAAUAUGUAAGAACAGACAGAUCUUAUUCAUUGGAUAUACUUCUUAUGAAUGUUUAGAACCAGCUGAACUUAACCUUGGCAAGCAGGUUUUUAACUUGUGAUUAUCCUUAUUGAGUUAAUAUAGAUACAAGAAACUGAGUUGGAAUUAUAUUAAAAUGUCAUUUGUAUAAGUCACCAAGGGUUUGUAACAACUUUAAUUGAAGGAAUUAUUUCAAAUCUGAAAUGGAUAUGUAAUCUGUGAUGAACGCAUGAUACAGGUUAACUUCUAGUCAAGUUGCAGAGAGUCAGCAGGGCUUUUUUUACAAAACCCCAAAAAGAGAGAGAUUGUCCAACAUGCAGCAGCUUUUGCUUUCAUGGUUCCAGUUUAUUCCCCAAUAUUUCAGCAAAGUUAAUAUCUAUAAAAUUAUGUCCUAAUGAUUCUCAUUAUCAAAACUGCAUUUGCAGAGAUGGCAGUAAAACAUACCUUUUCUUUCCUAUUAGUAGAGAACCCCUUCAUUUGUUUCCUAUUUGUAUUCAUACACCUCCAGAGUAAUUCAUUUGUAAACAGAACACAUGGAUAGAAGUUGUACCCUGUCCCUUCACUAAAUGAGUUCCUAGGAAAUCAGAGUACCAGUGUGAAGGCUGUACAAAUGCACUGUUGAAAGGCUUGUCAGGCAAGGAAGAGGGAUUUCAUAUAGAAGGAAAAUAACCCCCCCCUAAAUAACAAACUUUAUUUCUGUCAUAUCAACCUCCAAAAUUGCAGCUACUGCUCUACAAGGAAACAUAUCAUGGUAAUCUAAACCUGGAAGGAUAAUGAUGCUUCGUCAGGGCUCUGCUGCCAGUUUUCCAUAGAAAUCUGAACCGUGGUGGCUAUAUAAACCUGUUCAUUGGGGUUGGAAAUGAUUUUCCACAGUUGCUGUCCCUGCAAGGGGCAUAUUCCUUCCAACUUUGGCCUGACCUGCAUUUUUCCACCUCAAGCUCUAUUGGCUGAAGUAGCUUGGUAUUGCCAAGCUCUCCACAUGAUGUAGUCCAUUGCAUAUCUCUUCAUAGCAGUCCAGUUCACAAAAACACACACACAGUUUACCACACAUUAAGUAGCAAAAUAGGAAUUUGCGGUCCCUUCUGAGCCUCUAAGGUGCUUUUAUUCAGCAACUAACCUUUCUGGUGGUCAGAGUGUUUUCCAGGCAUCUGUUUCCUGCAGGUAUCCUGCAAAAUAUCAAAUUCUCUCACUUUUCUGAGAGUCUGGAAUUACAGCCUUUGCUCGCUGUUAAACAACAUUCAGGACAAAACAUUCCCUGGCAAUUCAAUUAUUAUAAACUAUUUUGAAAGGGCCAAGAAAAGCUGGAGACAACUUUGUGUAAUCUCUAUCCAAUGUGCUAGUAGGCAGGCAGCCAGUGAUGAGCUGGGCUGAUAGGAGAUCAAUCAACGAGUAAGACAGAGUUGUCUUAAUUUUCUGGGAAUCAAGGUCAAAUUUUUGGUUAUUGUAAUUUAGGAAAUAUAACUCUCUGAAAAAAAUUGGGAAAAUAUUUUCAGGUGUGUGCAUAAGUAUUAUACAAUAGACUACAAUUAGUAAUAUAUACAUUAUAAUAAGUAAAAUGAAAACAUACACUUCUGUGCUGACUAGUCAGAGAUAGUUGGCUUAGAUGUUAUUAAAAAAUGGCUGUAGAAACUUUGACCAACUUACUGAUGCAUUAAAAUAAUGUUUUCAAGACAUGUUUAAAGGAUUUACAGGGAACCCAUGCCUGUAGAUUACUAGGCUGUAAUUAAGAAACUGAAUUAUGGAAUAAAAAUUGUAUACCUGUCCUAUUUUAUAUUUGGAUGUACUACGUUACAGAAUACAAAGUAAAAGAUUGCUGAAGUGCACUUUCAAAAUAAGUUACCGUGAUCUGAAUGAAUAAAUACCUCUCAGAAGCCACAGCA